AUGGACAAACUACCUUUGGGAGUGCAGGAGGAGGAGGAGGAGAAGCACAGGGGUGGCUCUGCUCCAUCCCUGCCAGGGGUGACUGUGUCCCUGUGUCGUUGCAGGACCGUGGCAGCCGAGGUCAGGAAGCAGAUCUCGGGGCAGUAUGGAGGCUCCCCACAGCUCCUCAAGAACCUCAACAUCGGAGGCAGCGUCUCUCACCACACCACUGUGCCUCUCACAGAAGCUGUGGACCCCGUGGACCUGGAGGAGUAUCUCAGUGCCCACCCUCUGGCCGUGGAGUCGGGGCCCCUGCGGGACCUGCUGGAGUUCCCCCGCGAUGACAUCGAGGUGGUUUACACCCCCCGCGAGUGCCGCACGCUCGUGUCGGCCGUGCCCGAGGAGAGCGAGAUGGACCCUCACGUGCGGGACUGUGUCAGGAGUUACACGGAGGACUGGGCCAUCGUGAACAGAAAAUACCACAAGCUGGGGACCGGGUUCAACCCCAACACCUUGGACAAACAGAAGGAGAGGCAAAAAGGGCUCCCCAAACAGGUCUUCGAGUCCGACGAAUCUCCUGAUGGCAACAGCUACCAGGAUGAACAAGACGACCUCAAGCGCCGCUCAAUGUCGAUCGACGACACGCCGCGGGGCAGCUGGGCCUGCAGCAUCUUCGACCUGAAGAACUCCCUGCCCGAUGCCCUGCUCCCCAACCUGCUGGACAGGACCCCAAACGAGGAGAUCGACCACCACAACGAGGACCAGAGGAAGUCCAGCAGGCACAAGGAGCUUUUUGCACUACACCCAGCACCAGAUGAGGAGGAGCCCAUAGAGAGACUCAGUGUCCCUGAAGUACCCAAAGAACACUUUGGCCAAAGACUCCUGGUGAAGUGUCUGUCCCUGAAAUUUGAAAUAGAAAUUGAGCCCAUUUUUGCAAGUUUGGCUUUGUAUGAUGUUAAAGAAAAGAAGAAGAUUUCAGAGAAUUUCUACUUUGAUUUAAACUCUGAGCAGAUGAAGGGAAUGCUUCGGCCUCAUGUGCCCCCUGCUGCCAUUUCCACCCUGGCCAGAUCUGCCAUCUUCUCUAUCACCUACCCAUCCCAAGAUGUCUUUCUAGUAAUAAAGCUGGAAAAAGUUUUACAGCAGGGAGAUAUUGGGGAGUGUGCAGAGCCUUACAUGAUUUUUAAAGAAUCUGAUGCAGCAAAGAACAAGGAGAAGUUGGAAAAACUGAAGGGCCAGGCAGAGCAGUUUUGCCAAAGACUGGGGAAGUACCGGAUGCCUUUUGCCUGGACAGCCAUUCACCUCAUGAACAUUGUGAGCAGUGCUGGCAGCUUGGAAAGAGACUCCACAGAAGUUGAAGUUGGCACAGGAGAACGUAAAGGGUCGUGGUCGGAGCGGCGGAAUUCCAGCAUCGUCGGGAGGAGAUCCCUGGAGAGGACCACGAGUGGGGACGAGGCCUGCAACCUGAGCAGCUUCAGGCCAGCCACGCUGACAGUGACCAACUUCUUCAAACAGGAGGGGGAUCGCCUGAGCGAUGAGGACCUGUACAAGUUCCUGGCUGACAUGAGACGUCCCUCGUCGGUGCUGCGCAGGCUCAGGCCCAUCACAGCUCAGUUGAAGAUAGACAUAUCUCCAGCUCCAGAGAACCCCCACUACUGUCUAACCCCAGAGCUGCUGCAGGUCAAGCUUUACCCAGACAGCAGAGUCAGACCCACCAGAGAAAUCCUGGAGUUCCCUGCCAGGGAUGUCUACGUUCCAAACACCACAUACAGGAACCUCCUUUACGUGUAUCCACAGAGCCUUAACUUCGCCAACCGCCAGGGAUCUGCCAGGAAUAUCACAGUGAAAGUGCAGUUCAUGUAUGGAGAGGAUCCCAGCAAUGCCAUGCCGGUCAUCUUUGGCAAAUCCAGCUGUCCUGAGUUUUCCAAGGAAGCGUACACAGCCGUGGUGUAUCACAACAGAUCUCCUGAUUUUCACGAGGAAAUCAAGAUUAAGCUUCCAGCCACUUUGACAGACCACCACCACCUGCUUUUUACUUUCUACCACGUCAGUUGCCAGCAAAAACAAAACACACCCCUGGAGACUCCAGUCGGCUACACCUGGAUCCCCAUGCUGCAGAAUGGCCGGUUAAAGACGGGUCAGUUCUGUCUCCCUGUGUCCCUGGAAAAGCCACCACAGGCUUAUUCAGUGCUUUCUCCAGAGGUUCCUCUCCCUGGGAUGAAGUGGGUGGACAACCACAAAGGGGUUUUCAAUGUGGAAGUUGUUGCUGUGUCAUCCCUCCACACUCAGGACCCUUACCUUGACAAGUUCUUUGCACUUGUCCAUGCUCUGGAUGAGCACAUGUUCCCUGUGCGAAUAGGAGACAUGAGAAUUAUGGAGAACAACUUGGAAAAUGAACUGAAGAGCAGCAUUUCAGCUUUAAAUUCCUCUCAACUGGAGCCGGUAGUGCGAUUUCUUCAUCUCCUGCUUGACAAACUGAUCCUUCUGGUAGUAAGACCUCCUGUCAUUGCAGGCCAAAUAGUGAACCUGGGCCAAGCAUCUUUUGAGGCGAUGGCAUCGAUCAUAAACAGACUUCACAAGAACCUGGAUGGCAACCAGGACCAGCAUGGCAGGAACAGCCUGCUUGCUUCCUAUAUUUAUUAUGUUUUUCGCCUGCCCAACACCUACCCCAACUCACCAUCACCAGGACCCACAGCAAUGGCCAGGUCGGCCGUGCGCCCCGCCAGCCUCAACCUGAACCGCUCGCGCAGCCUCAGCAACAGCAACCCCGACAUCUCCGGCACCCCCACCUCGCCCGACGACGAGGUGCGCUCCAUCAUCGGCACCAAGGGCUUGGACCGCUCCAAUUCCUGGGUAAACACUGGUGGUCCAAAAGCAGCCCCAUGGGGAUCCAACCCCAGCCCAAGUGCAGAGUCAACACAGGCUACGGAUCGAAGUUGUAAUCGUAUGUCUUCGCACACUGAGACGUCAAGUUUCUUACAAACAUUAACAGGACGAUUACCAACCAAAAAGCUUUUCCACGAGGAGCUGGCCCUGCAGUGGGUUGUGUGCAGCGGGAGCGUGCGCGAGGCGGCCCUGCAGCAGGCCUGGUUCUUCUUCGAGCUGAUGGUGAAGAGCAUGGUGCAUCAUCUGUAUUUUGCUGACAAACUGGAUGCGCCGAGGAAGAAUCGUUUCCCGGAGCGCUUCAUGGAUGACGUGUCUGCACUGGUCAGCACAAUCGCUGGUGAUAUAGUCUCCCGCUUCCAGAAGGACACGGAGAUGGUGGAGCGGCUCAACACCAGUCUCGCAUUUUUCCUCAAUGAUUUGUUGUCCAUCAUGGACAGAGGAUUUGUUUUUGCUCUUAUUAAGACCUGCUACAAACAGGUGUCUGCAAAGGUGUAUUCCUUAACAAAUCCAAGCAACCUGGCCUCUCUGAAGCUGGACUUCCUGCGCAUCAUUUGCAGCCACGAGCACUAUGUCACCUUGAAUUUACCCUGCAGCUUGCUCACACCACCUGCAUCUCCAUCACCAUCCGUGUCUUCAGCCACUUCCCAGAGUUCUGGGUUCUCCACAAAUGUCCAAGACCAGAAGAUUGCAAAUAUGUUUGAGUUGUCUGUGCCUUUCCGCCAGCAGCAUUACCUGGCCGGGCUGGUGCUCACAGAACUGGCUGUCAUUCUAGAUCCUGAUGCAGAAGGAUUAUUUGGAUUGCAUAAGAAGGUCAUCAACAUGGUACACAACCUGCUGUCCAGCCACGACUCGGACCCGCGGUACGCUGACCCCCAGGUAAAGGCCCGGGUGGCAAUGCUGUAUCUACCUCUGAUUGGCGUGAUCAUGGAAACUGUGCCUCAGCUCUAUGACUUCACAGAGAGCCACAACCAGCGGGGGAGGCCGAGCUGUGUUGCCGUGGACGAUUACGAGAGUGAGGGUGGCAGCAUGAUCAGCCAGACAGUGGCCAUGGCCAUUGCAGGGACUUCUGUCCCCCAGCUCACCAGGCCCAGCAGUUUCCUACUCCCUUCUUCGAGUGGCAGGCAGCACUCCACCUUCUCCACAGAGUCCAGCCGCAGCCUCCUCAUCUGCCUGCUGUGGGUGCUGAAGAACGCGGACGAGAGCGUCCUGCAGAAGUGGUUCACUGACCUGUCAGUGCUGCAGCUCAACCGCCUGCUGGACCUGCUCUACCUCUGUGUCUCCUGCUUUGAGUACAAGGGCAAGAAAGUGUUUGAAAGAAUGAACAGUCUGACAUUUAAGAAGUCAAAAGACAUGAGAGCCAAACUUGAAGAAGCAAUUUUGGGCAGCAUAGGGGCAAGGCAGGAAAUGGUCCGAAGAAGCAGAGGACAGCUGGAGAGGAGCCCUUCUGGGAGUGCCUUUGGAAGUCAAGAGAAUCUGAGGUGGAGAAAGGAUAUGACUCACUGGCGGCAGAACACCGAGAAGCUUGACAAAAGCCACAAACCAGCCAGGUCAAGGGCAGAGAUAGAACACGAAGCACUCAUCGAUGGGAAUCUUGCAACAGAAGCCAACCUGAUAAUUUUGGAUACUCUAGAGAUAGUUGUACAGACCGUGUCCGUGACGGAGUCCAAGGAGAGCAUCCUCGGCGGGGUGCUCAAGGUGCUGCUGCACAGCAUGGCCUGCAACCAAAGUGCCCUUUACCUCCAGCACUGCUUUGCCACACAGAGAGCUUUGGUCUCAAAGUUCCCUGAGCUGCUGUUUGAGGAGGAGACAGAGCAGUGUGCAGACUUGUGCCUGAGGCUCCUGAGGCACUGCAGCAGCAGCAUUGGCCCCAUCAGGUCCCACGCCAGUGCCUCCCUGUACCUCCUGAUGAGGCAGAACUUCGAGAUUGGCAACAACUUUGCCAGAGUGAAGAUGCAGGUGACCAUGUCCCUCUCAUCCCUGGUGGGAACAUCCCAGAAUUUCAAUGAAGAAUUUCUGCGGCGAUCCCUUAAGACUAUUCUGACAUAUGCUGAAGAAGAUCUGGAACUUAGGGAGACAACAUUUCCUGACCAGGUCCAGGAUUUAGUGUUCAACCUCCAUAUGAUCCUGUCAGACACAGUUAAAAUGAAGGAGCACCAGGAAGAUCCAGAGAUGCUGAUUGACCUGAUGUACAGGAUUGCCAAGGGCUACCAGAAUUCCCCUGACCUGCGGCUGACGUGGCUGCAGAACAUGGCAGGGAAGCAUUCCGAGAGGAGCAACCACGCCGAGUCUGCCCAGUGCCUGGUGCACUCUGCAGCCCUGGUGGCCGAGUACCUGAGCAUGCUGGAGGACAGGAAAUACCUCCCUGUGGGCUGUGUGACAUUCCAGAACAUAUCUUCCAAUGUUUUGGAAGAGUCAGCAGUUUCUGAUGAUGUUGUGUCCCCAGAUGAAGAAGGAAUCUGUUCUGGGAAGUAUUUUACAGAAGCUGGUCUGGUGGGAUUGCUGGAACAGGCUGCAGCAUCUUUCUCUAUGGCUGGCAUGUAUGAAGCAGUUAAUGAGGUUUACAAAGUCCUUAUUCCUAUUCAUGAAGCCAACAGAGAUGCCAAGAAGUUGUCUACUAUUCAUGGUAAACUGCAGGAAGCAUUCAGCAAGAUUGUUCACCAGAGUACUGGCUGGGAGGAUGGAAAGAGGAUGUUUGGCACCUACUUCCGAGUUGGUUUUUAUGGAACUAAAUUUGGAGACCUGGAUGAGCAAGAGUUUGUUUACAAGGAGCCUGCAAUAACCAAGUUGGCUGAAAUCUCCCAUCGGCUGGAGGGAUUUUAUGGAGAACGGUUUGGGGAAGAUGUGCUGGAAGUGAUCAAGGACUCAAACCCUGUGGACAAAUGUAAACUUGAUCCCAACAAGGCCUACAUCCAGAUCACCUACGUGGAGCCCUACUUCGACACGUACGAGAUGAAGGACAGGAUCACCUACUUUGACAAGAACUACAACCUGCGGCGCUUCAUGUACUGCACGCCCUUCACGCUGGACGGCCGCGCCCACGGCGACCUGCACGAGCAGUUCAAGCGCAAGACCAUCCUCACCACCUCCCACGCCUUCCCCUACAUCAAAACCAGGAUCAACGUCAUCCACAAGGAGGAGAUCAUUUUGACGCCCAUCGAGGUCGCCAUCGAGGACAUGCAGAAGAAAACCCAGGAAUUGGCUUUUGCCACCCACCAGGACCCUGCAGACCCCAAGAUGCUGCAGAUGGUGCUGCAGGGAUCAGUAGGUACCACAGUGAACCAGGGACCAUUAGAAGUUGCACAAGUUUUCUUGUCUGAAAUCCCCAACGAUCCAAAGCUCUUCAGACACCACAACAAACUCCGCCUGUGCUUCAAGGACUUCACCAAAAGGUGUGAGGAUGCCCUGAGGAAGAACAAGAGCCUGAUCGGGCCGGACCAGAAGGAAUAUCAGCGGGAGCUGGAGCGCAACUACCACCGGCUCAAGGAGGCUCUGCAGCCCCUCAUCAACAGGAAGAUCCCACAGCUCUACAAGGCAGUGCUGCCUGUCACGUGCCACAGAGACUCCUUCAGCAGGAUGAGCCUUCGCAAAAUGGAAAUCUAAACGAGUUAAAACCAAAAUAAAAAAAAAAAGCACUUAAAAAAUUAAGGUUUUGAAAAGAAAAAGAGCCUUGUUAUCAGCGCUGGGAAUCAAAGAAGUUUUAUUGUGAAAUAAAACUUGGACUUCAUCCUGGACAUCCCACACACCUCUUCCUCCAUCAAAGUGUUCAGUGGCCAAAAAAAUCAUUCUGAAUUGUCAAAUGUAGACUUCUCAAUGUUUGAAAAGAAAAAAACCAUCAUGGCAGUGGUAUCCAGAGUAUUGGUGAUGAGCUGUAAACUUACCUGUUUUUUAAGGCAUUUUUAUGACUCAAAGGUACACUAAAAGCAUUUACCUUUAUUUAUAGCAUUACCUAAUGUUAAAUUUAUUUUACUUUUAGUUCCUAUAUUUAAUUUAUAUUAGGACCAUACGCAAAUGCAUUUUGGAAGUUUUUAAUGUAGUGAUGAUGCUGAUGGUUAUUUUGAUGGUACUAUUAAAUAUGUGAAUGUUUACACUUUAAUUCCCUGUGCAUUGGACUUCAGGGCUCAGCAUCCUUGGGGAAAAAGUUCAGAGCAAGGUAAGUCCUGGUAACAUUAAUUAACAGAGUGCUGAUUGUUUAUUAUCCCUGUUCUUUUGCUGCAAACAAAACAAAACAAACACCUCCUUCAGUCCAUCAGGGGAAAGUUUCAGCUUCACUUCUGUGUGUUCCUGGGCAUCUCCACCAGCUGGGAGGUCCCAGCAUCUCCUCACCCCUGGAAUUAGCAGUGUCCAUGGAACUGAACUCAUUUUGUGUCCAUUCUUUAAUUUAUAACCUCAUUUCACAGGGCAGAAGAACCUAAAAUGGUAUCACAGUUUAAAAGGGUACAAAGCAUUCUUUGCAUUGCUGUUUAUGUGAAGAAAGAUGUUUUAUAGAGCAGAUAUUUUGGGGUCUAACACUGCACUUUGAGGAAACAUCAGAUUUGGAGCUGAGUCCACAAUUCCUAAAUCUUGUCUUUAAUAUUUUUCCUCUCUGUGGUGAACAAAGUCCCCUGGAAGAGGUGGUGUGUGAUUAAACACAUUUAUUCUCUCUCCAUAAAUACCUAAGUAUGCAUUAAAAAAACCAGAUAUACACACAAAAUCUGAAUUUGAUAAACAUACUCUUUAUAUAUAUAUAUAUCAAAAAAUAGAAGGAAAAUGGGUUUCUACAUGAAGUGCCCCCUUCUGCAGCAGCACUGAAGGUUUAGGGUGGGGAGGGUCUUUUUUUCCCUUCCUGAUACUUAUUUUAGGUUAUUGGAGACUUCUCCCAUGCUCUGUUACCCAGCAGCUGCACAGUUGGUGCUUUGUGUGCCAGGCUCUGCAGGGUUCCCUGGAACAGAAUAAUCCUGAAUUGGUUCUGUGUCACACCUGGGUGGAAUUCCCUGCAGAAGGAGAAUUCCAACCUUUUCAUGGAUAUUCCAAGGCUCUUGCAUAGCCCAGGGCUGCUGACAAGGCCUUUGAGGUGCUGCAGGAGUCAGGGAAUCUCAGAAUGGAAAAUAUUAAGGAAGGAGGGAAGGGCUUUGGAAGAGAUUUACAGGAAGAAGCAUUAAAAAUAUUUACACAGUGCAAACAAAUCCCAGGAGCCAUGAAAGGAUGAAACUUUAAUUUACAGCAGUCCUGCUCCAGGACAGGAGUUACAAGCAACAAGUUCAGGGGGGUGGCAAGUGGUGCUUGGAUGAAUAUCCCAAAAAUCCACCCCCAGUCCCUCUCCUGUGCCAGAGGAGGGGUUUUCAUUCAGCAUCUUCCAGCUGAGGCUGUUUUCUCUUCAGCUGCCACAAAAGAAUCUCCUCCCAAGCUGUACUGGGAUGAUGGAAGGCAGCUGGGUCUUCCUGACAUCCUGUUUUGGUGUAAAUAAUGGUAUUUUGUUUCCUUGGAACAUUCCUGAUGCUGCAGUUGAAUGAAAAAGAUAAAGUCUUGCGCCAGGUGUGGAAAAAUAAACUUUCAUUUGCAGGCUGAAAUUCAGCAAAGCCUAAAAAAUUGCAUUCUGUAAUGGGAUUGGGCUGCCCUUGCAAGGUAAGAUUACUGAUAUUUUUGUAAUGUAGCUUUUUCUUGGUUUAGACUCUGAAAUUAUUUAUUAUUAUGGUGCUAUGCUUUGGAAAAGGGAAAGUGUAUUUUGUCCUUGCAGAUUUUCUAUGCAAAAUCAAGGCCUGUACAACAGUCAGAGGUCAAACCUAACAUGGAAAAUGCACUAAAAGAGAUUUUUCCUGACUUACCUCCAUGUUUAUACAACAGUAUAAUAAAAGACAGUGAAAAUUAAGUACUGCAGAAUUAACUAGGCAGAGGUUUUUAGGGGUUUUUCUGUAAAUAAAUUAAUUUGUAGUGGAAAAAGGUGAAAUACAUCCAGGGCAUACUCAAAGCCUGCGGUGACACUUGAUGUCAUUCCAUCCAUCCUGGGACAGACUGAACAAUCCCCCUUUUCUGAGUCAUAUUUGUUAGGAUUUUACUUAUCAGUUUAUAGGAGUCACCUUCAAUUCUCUGACAGACAAUUUGGGAUUUUCAUCUCUAGUGUUUAGUACAAAUGUUUUUGGUUUUGCAAUGUUUCCCCUUAAACUCACAAUUGUAGUCAAAAAGUACCUUCAAAUUAGGAGGUACUGCCCAAGAACCCUAAAACCCACAGCAUGUAUUCUAGAAGCACUUUAAUUCUGUAAGCUAAUUUCCAGCCUUUUUGUAGCUGUUCCCAAAGCCCUUUCCCUCUCUGCUUUCCCCUCUCCAAACACAACAGGCUGAUCUGCUUGUCUCAGAUGUGGAUCAUAACUUUUUUAUUUAUAUGUACAUUCUUAACAAAGCAUCAAACCCAAAUGCUUUCCUUUUCCCCCACGUUUCAGUGAGCUCCAGGUACAAAUGAACUUCAGUUAGAAGGUCAGCACUAAGUUCCCAACCACCCCAAACAGAGAUGCAGAUUUGAGGGCUUCACUCUUCAAAGUACAAAAUUAUUUUAAUUACACUACACUCUGCCCCUGGUUUGAAGUAUUAAUCACACCUAUUUACACUUUGCUCAUUAACACCUAUGUACCAAGAUGCAAAUUAGACCAGUCAAACACUUCCAUGAAUUCAGUUCCCUCCAAUGCUCUGGACAAGGUUCCCAGACCCUUUUUCUUGUGCUUCAAGUUGGAAGGAGCAGGAAAGAACUGGAGCAGGAGAAUAAACCACGUCCAUUACCCAAAGACUAAAUAUGAAGUGUUACUUCCCAAGUUACAAAAAUACACAACUUCUGAUGAAAUUUGCUAGUUAAUAUACAUUUACUCCAGGGUAUGAAUACAAAUAACUUUUAUUAAAAAAAAAACAAACAAAACAAAAAAACCAAACAAACCAAAAAAA